CAGUGUAUGUAAAACAUGUUCAGAAUGUAAGAUCACCCUUAAUUAAACAGCAUUACGGCGCCCUCUGCUGUUAUUGUUCAGCAGUGCUUGGUGACGUCACUGCAGAGGAUCAUCAUCAUGGCGCGACACAUACUCUCACAGCAACACUGCAUGUUUAGGUUAACUCAAGGAUAUAAGGGCAGUGAACUGCUCGCCAAAUACAGAUAUUCUGUAUGCACUCGCGACUCAAAUUCAAAUGUGAUACACGACAGACAAAAUCAGCGUUUUACAGUCACUCUUGACUGCGAUGGAGGAGUGAAUCGUGCUGAACUGAAAUACACUUUGACACAUGACAAACAUGUGGCGCUGAUGUCAACAGAGGUUCCUGAAUCACACCGGGGGAAAGGUGUGGCAGCACAUCUGGCAAAGGCCGCUCUGGACUUCGUUGUUAAAGAAAAUUUUAAAGCGAGCAUAUACUGUUGGUACAUCCGAAAAUAUGUGCAUGAAAACCCGCAUCUUGGAUACCAGGCUUACAUUGAAGAUAAAUAAUGUCAGAAUGCCUCAAGAAAUUCUCAGUGUGUUAUCAUAUCAUCAUGAUAGGAAGGAACAGCAUUUUCAAGCUUAAACAGAUUCAUGUGGAUGUGGCCUUUUACUCCAGCGAACAUUUCUCAGAAUAAGUGUAUUUUUCAAAGUCAGUUUCUCUUUAGACACAUAAUUUAAAGUGUUGACUACAGAAAAACUAUUCAUUUCUAGCUAUUCAUUUCUAAACUAUUCACUGUAACAUUUCUAGCAUUACUGCACAAUAAAAAUUAAAUAGUUCAUGUAAUACAUGUUGACCUUUUGUGACAACAAGCCCCUAUUUCAUGAAACUUUAUAGGCACAAGUUGACCCCUGACUUGUCAUCUGUCAGCCAGUCAACUUGCAUAAUGUGCACUCCCUCUUCAUCUAGCAUUUAAAUUGGGUGUGUUCGACAUCAGCCGCGCCUUACCUUGCCGAUCAGCAAGAUUUGCUGAUUGCAGUCAUGGGAGGAGUUGUAAAGAUAGAUGAUAAAUAUGUAAAAAUCAAGCACGGUGUAUCCAAACACUGAUUGUGAGCCCGCUUUCUUUUUACUGUGCUGACACCUCAUAUUUUAUAUUCUUUUCCUUGAUGUAUUUAUUUCUUAAUGUGCGUUAUUUUAUGUGUGUUUGUAUUAUUGUAACCAUUGUAUAGUAUAUUCUUCUGGCAAUAAUAAUAAUAAAAAAAUUAUAUGAACAGAA